GGUCGCGGCGGCGCAAGCACGAUCCCAGACGGGGCAUCGCGGCGGCGGCUCUACCGGGCUGGGCCCCCUCCCUCCUCCGCUCCCCCUCCUCCCCCUCCCCUCAGCCGUGCUUUCCCGCGGAGUCGGAGAGGUGCGGCGCGGCGGCAACAAGUUCCGGGGUCAACUCACUAUCCUGCAAGUCAUCCUCCCAAGAAGAAGGGACAGAAAAGAAAGACCUCUUUGUAAGAAAGGUUUGGGUGUCCCAUGAACGAGACAGCAGAAAACCGAUUGGGGUGCAGCAGGACUCCAGAGCCAGAUAUAAGGCUCAGAAAAAGGCACCAACUUGAUGAUACAAGGAAAGGGGAUAAUGACAACCACCAAGGAGAUCUGGAGCCUGUUUUAGAAGCACCUGUUCUUUCUUCUCAUCAUAAAAAAAGCCCUGAGGAACUUGACUGCAAUGAUGAAGCUUCACAGGAAGAUGAGGGGUUUAUGGGCAUGUCCCCUCUCUUACAAGCCCACCAUGCUAUGGAAAGAAUGGAAGAGUUUGUUUGUAAGGUCUGGGAAGGUCGAUGGCGAGUAAUCCCUCAUGAUGUGCUACCAGACUGGCUCAAGGAUAACGAUUUUCUUUUACAUGGACACCGGCCCCCUAUGCCUUCUUUCCGGGCCUGUUUUAAGAGCAUUUUCCGAAUACACACGGAGACAGGCAACAUCUGGACGCAUCUCUUAGGUUGUGUAUUCUUCUUGUGCCUGGGGAUCUUUUAUAUGUUUCGCCCGAACAUCUCCUUUGUGGCCCCUCUGCAAGAGAAGGUGGUCUUUGGAUUAUUCUUCUUGGGGGCCAUUCUCUGCCUUUCUUUUUCAUGGCUCUUCCACACAGUCUACUGCCACUCAGAAGGAGUUUCCCGGCUCUUCUCAAAACUGGAUUACUCUGGGAUUGCUCUUCUGAUUAUGGGAAGUUUUGUCCCUUGGCUUUAUUAUUCUUUCUACUGUAAUCCACAACCUUGCUUCAUUUACUUGAUUGUCAUCUGUGUGCUGGGCAUCGCAGCCAUUAUAGUCUCCCAGUGGGACAUGUUCGCCACCCCUCAAUAUCGAGGAGUAAGAGCAGGAGUGUUCUUGGGCCUAGGCCUGAGUGGAAUCAUCCCGACCUUGCACUAUGUCAUCUCGGAGGGGUUCCUGAAGGCUGCCACCAUCGGGCAGAUCGGCUGGCUGAUGCUGAUGGCCAGCCUCUACAUCACGGGAGCUGCCCUGUACGCCGCCCGCAUCCCCGAGCGCUUCUUUCCCGGCAAGUGUGACAUCUGGUUUCACUCUCAUCAGCUGUUUCACAUCUUUGUGGUUGCCGGCGCGUUUGUCCACUUCCACGGUGUCUCCAAUCUCCAGGAAUUCCGCUUCAUGAUUGGGGGAGGCUGCAGUGACGAGGACGCGCUGUGAGCCCUGCCAGCAGUCAGGGGCUGUGACCCUGAGCCAGACCCUGCACGCCGCCGGCCCCCUCGCUGGCCACGAUGCCAGUACUGGAGGAGCACCCCGACCUCGCCAGCCCAUGGGCUCUGUGAUGCCCCAGGAACUCCGCGUGGUACACGGCUGAGAAGAGAAACACGAAAAUAAACCAUACCUCAAAGGAUGGAGUGCAUCAGUUUGGAGGAAAGGAGAAGGCCCAGGCCCUGGCGCACUCGUGGCCCUGCUGACCGGGGCCCGCGAGAGCCCUGCAGACUGGCUUCCGAUCCACACCACAGUGGCGUGUGGGGGACGGGCAGUGCCGCCGGUGGCUCGUUCCUCUUUCUCUCUCCUUAGAACAAUAAUACAAACCAAUUUAGGUGAACAUUUAUAUCCUGUUAAGGGGUGGGAGUGUGAUUUUAGAUGUUCUUUUGGGAGAACACAGAAAUUAAUGUAAAUAAGAUUUCUAACUUACUGUUUAAAUAAGAAUUUAUAUAAAUGUUUAAAACAGGGGUAGGGGCGGGAGGGAGAAUUUUUGUAUAGAAUGAAACAUGCAAGUACCACACACUGUUUCAAUUUUGCACAAAGUGACUGUAGGAGGAUCGGGUGUACCCCAGAAUAUAUAAUGCCUUGGUGCACCAAGGUGCCUUCUGAAGGCCGGCGUACUUUGGACCAUGUGAACACUACGCCUGAGGGCCUUUGGGGGUCUUGAGGUGGAGGGAAGAGGCAUGUGUUUUCUCAGUGGAAGCAGCAUGUGAGUGGCCAGCAGGAUGUUUUAGGUGAAGACUCUGGUCAGGGUGUCCCUGGAGAGAGUGACCUGUUUAUAGGGUAGUGACCCUUCCCGAGGAGUAGAGCCGCCUCCUCGGGCAGUCAGAGGUGCUGGUGGAGUGGGGGCUUGGCGGCGGGGAGGAGACGGUGGAGGAGUUCUGGGAAUAGUAGCGCAAGGGCCGAUCUGCUUACUUUCUGGUGUCCUGUUCAGUUUUGUGGUGAGUCUUGCCCGACUGGAGGGGUGUGACAGUCCCCACAUCCUUGUGUGGAGCUCUGGAUCACCCUGGGAAUUUCCUUCUAUUAAAAUCACUGCCCAACUACCCUUCUUCCUCCUGGGAGUAAGAAUUUCAUUUCGUUGGUAUCGUGAGCCCAGCCUGGAGUGGCGGCAGGAGAGGUUCUGACUGCCCACGCACCCUCGGAGCCCUCAGGUGUGAGAGCACCUCCUCGGGGCAGGAAAGACGAGUUUCGGCUCUGGCACACUACCGUGGCAGUCCUGGCGUGACAGUCACUCACCUUCCCUUGAACAGGAGAACCAGCAGAGCUUCCGUAAAGUAGGGUCUGUUACCUACCGUGGAAUCAACACCAUUAUCUGAACCCACUGUGUAGGGAUAGCUUGGUGGGAAUUUGUCAGAGAAAACUGUUGUUGCUAGGGAGUCUUGGAAGAUUCCUAGAGUGCUGUCUUUGAAGAACUGCUAAAAGUAAAAAAGAGGAUUGGUCCUGUCCCAGGGUUACCCUGUUCUGGCCUUAGAGAUAGUGUGGGGAAGGAUCUGGUUCACGGAAUUCUGAUCUUGGCUCGUAGGAGAACUGGCCAGUUAACCUUCCAGCCUUCUGUUCUUACUGUCACCCAAGCCUUUGGGUGAUUGUUACAGCCUGGGGGAUGUAGUAGAACAAAAGGCUGAAGCCCUAGGCAUGGGGGUUGACAUCCUCAAACAGGUGUUUGGGAAUAUGGGGAGGGUCAAUUAUUCAUUCAGUAUCAAGUUUUCUUGGUUAUUUUUCUCCUUUUUCUCCAAUUUCCAGCAAAAGCUGGGAACCAGGAAGAAGGACUCCAUUGUAGAACUUGGGAACAGCUUAAGAGUAUUUUGGUUCUGGAUAAGGUCACUGCCCUGGGUGCUAGGUGGACCCAGCAAAAGACUCUCUGGGUGAACUGGUGCAGUGCCUGACAGAAUAAGAGCAGUGUUACUCCCUUGGAGGAGACAUAGUCCAGCAGGACAGUGGCCGUCUGGAAGAAAGCUCACUUAUGUCAUGGAAACAACAGCACAUAUCAGAAGCCAGACUUGCUCUUCAGUCAUGCACUUUGGGACCUAGGGUAUAAGAUACACCCUGUUAACACCACCAACAGAAGUAGCAGUCUCUGGGCCCAGUCCCCCACACCCCACAGGAGGGGCCGAAUCUGGUUCAACAUAGCACAAAUCCCUAGGAAAAUGCAGUUAACAUCAAUGAUGUGUGAUCCAGUAAAAAAUCUCCGUCUUUGGUGUGUGUGUGGGGAGCAUGUGUGCGCCCAUUUAUAUGUGUGUCUGCAACGCACCACCACCAGCCUCGAUGUGCACUUGGUCUCACAGUGCUCCUGAGAACUCUCCAGGUCGGCGCCUGAAUGCCUUACUCUCAGCAGUCAGAGGCUUGCUUGCUCUGUGCGGAUUUUUAGUUUUCUUUUCUGGCCCUAGGCUGAUGAGGACCUCUAUAGCUUCAUUCUUUCACCAUUAAAUAGUGGCCUUUCUCAGUAUUUUUUCCCUUCCCACUUUAUAAAUUGCUGAAGCCACAAAGCACAUUUUUGGGGGAUCAUGGAAGGUUGGGGUUCCACAAAAGGCAUUGGUGUGAUGGCUCCAUUCACCUUGGGAUUUCCCUACUUGCUGUAUUCUCAACUUCUAAUAAAAGGAACCAAAUGGCA